AUGGCGAUCACGUUCCCCCUCGUUGGAGCUGCGACCACGAUAUGGAGCACCAUUGCUGCGCAGGCUUGGGAGCCAUUGGUUUCACUGUGCAGAAGUGGAACACUGUCACAGUUGCAAGGAAUUCAGUUAGGGAAACUAGCGAUCUAUGAGAGCAGCUCGAGUAAGGCUUCGACAGUGUUUGGGUUUGAGCAGGAUGAAUUUCCAGUAGCCGUCUUGAAUGUCCAUGAUGAGAGGUUUUGGGUGCGAUUGGCGCUGUUCGCGGACAUGGGUUUCGCAGAAAGCUAUAUGCUAGGAGAAGUCACAUCACCAGACCUAACUAAAUUCUUCCAACUCUUCAUCUUAAAUCGCUCCACCCUCUCCAACGGCUCCACCCUCACCUCUACCCUAUCCUCCAGCCUAGCAGCCAUGCUGCGCGGAACCAACAACCUCAAAAACUCCCGCCUUAAUAUCUCUGCUCACUACGACAUCUCCAACGACAUGUUCGCCGCCUUUCUCUCUCCAGAUAUGACAUAUUCGUGUCCCAUCUGGCUCCCGAAAUCGCAUCAUGCGUCCUCGACCGAAUCCCUCGAAGCCGCACAGAUCCGCAAACUACAGCGCUUCAUUGAUAACACCCAUAUUAAAUCCACCGACCACGUCCUCGAAAUUGGCACCGGAUGGGGCAGUUUCGCGAUCCAAGCCGUGCAGAAAACGGGCUGUCACGUAACCUCCAUCACCCUCAGUAUCGAGCAAAAGGAGCUCGCAGAAGCUCGAAUCCAGGCCGCGGGUCUCUCAUCACACAUCUCGGUGCUGCUCUGUGAUUACCGGAAUCUGGAAAUCCCGGCUACGGGGGCUUAUGAUAAGGUAGUGUCAAUUGAGAUGCUUGAAGCGGUGGGAAAGGAGUAUUUGGAGACGUAUUUUAAGGUGGUGGAUAGGGUCUUGAAGAAAGAGGGAGGGGUGGCCGCGUUUCAGUGUAUUACGAUGCCCGAGGGGAGGUAUGAGGGGUAUGCGAAAUCGGAUGAUUUUAUUCGAAGAUACAUCUUUCCUGGUGGCCAUCUUCCUACUGUUACCCAACUCGUCAAUUCCAUCACGAAUGGCUCAAGGGGAACACUCGUUGUCGAUAGUAUUGAGAAUAUUGGCCCGCAUUAUGCGAAGGCGUUGAGAAUUUGGAGAGAGGGGUUUUUGGCCGGGUGGGAGGGGGAGGGCGGGAUCAGAGAGUUGUUGGGGAAAGGGAGAGGCGAGGGAAUGGAGGCAGAAAUGGAUGGUGAGAGUAAGGAGGUUUUUAAGAGGAAGUGGGAUUAUUAUUUUAGGUAUUCGGAAGCGGGGUUUCUGACCAAGACGUUGGGGGAUGUGAUUAUUACGGCUGGGAGGGAGGGUGCAGGGGAGAUGAUGGAAGAGGUGCCGUUAUAG